GAAAGUAGUUCACAGAGACUUCCAUUUCCAUCAAAGAAACUCAGAUAUGGACGACGGCAUGUCAGGCUUUUACAUAAAAGCAGCAGGACAUCAUGUUAAUAAUGGUGGUGGUACUGGUGGUGGUGGCAAUAAUGGUAACUCUGGAACAAAGUGUGGGCGCUGGAAUCCCACCACCGAACAAGUUAAAGUUUUGACUGACUUGUUCAGGUCCGGACUCCGAACUCCGAGCACGGAUCAGAUCCAGAAGAUUUCCACUCAGCUUAGCUUUUAUGGUAAGAUUGAGAGUAAGAAUGUUUUUUAUUGGUUUCAAAACCAUAAAGCUAGGGAAAGACAAAAGCGUCGCAAAGUAUCGGUUGAUGAGAAGGAUGUGCUUCGCAGACUGGACAAGAUUUCUCCUAAAACACAUUUUCUAGAGGUUAAUCAUGUAUCUUCAGAUGAGCCUGAUAGAGUGAUCGAAACUCUUCAACUUUUCCCAUUAAACUCCUUUGAGGAACAGGAACCUGCGGAGAAGCUGAGAAUGCAUGCAAAUGAUUGCAGGGAGACCGCGACAACAUUUUCUCAUCCACCGUUGGAUCUGCGUUUAAGCUUCUUGUAA